AUGCUGGAUAUUUAUUUGAUCCGCAUAAAGCUCGGUCUCAAACAGGCUAUUUGUUUACAUGUGGAGAAACAUGAGAGUCCCACUGCAAAGGAAGGGAUGUUUGGAAUUGGUAGAAAUGGCGCUAAAAAGCAUCUCUCUUCCAUGGUUAAUGGUAUCAGAUUUCACCUCUUUUGUUCUAAAGCCGAUGAAUUGGUGGUGCACUUCAUGGUGAAUUCACUUGGGUUCUCAACAAAAGAAGCCAUUUCCACAAGCGCCAAGAUCAAAACACUGGUCUCUUCUUCUCCUAAAUUGUUGUUUUGUGAUAUUGACACAACCCUUAAACCCAAAAUUAAGGGUUUACAACCACUUAACUUAUCUGGGUCUGACCUUGUUACAUUAAUUGAAAAAAGCGAUUUCUUGAGAAGAGGUUUACAUACUUCUAUAAAACCUACUCUUGAUUAUCUGCGGGAGUUAUUGGGUACUCAUGAUGCUGUAGCUAUGGUUCUUAAGAAAGAGCCUAGGUUGAUUUCGCAAAAUAUCUCUAAAGUAUUACCGCCUAAUAUAGCACUGUUGCAAAAUCUUGGCUUUUCACAAAUUGAUAUUGCUAAUUUUUUUCAACGCUAUCCUAGAUGUCUGCUUCGUAACCCUGUCUGUCUUCAGAGAGUAGUUCAUCAAGCAGAAGAGAUUUUUGACAUUCCUCGAGGAUCACGUAUGUUUCUUCAUGGCAUUGCAGCACUUGUGCCGCUUCAUGAAUCUACAUUAGAAAGAAAAAUAGAUAUUUACCGGAGUUUUGGAUGGUCUCAUUCUGAUAUCUGCACAAUGGUGAGAAAGCUUCCUUCCUGUUUUGACUUCAUCAGAGGCUAA